CCUGUCCCUACCCCCGGCUCCCUGGCUGCUGGUUGCCCCGCACUCACUCAGUCCCGCCCCGCCGUGUCCCAGGCAGCCCCCAGCCCCAGCCUGGCAGGUUUUUGCGGGAAUUGUCGCCCGCAGCUCGCUGGGGCCCGAGGCCGGGGUGCCGGUCCGAGAAAUCAUCGCGCACCCGCUCUACAACGACAGCAGCCUCGACUACGACAUCGCCCUGAUGAGGCUCCGAGUGCCCCUCAAUUUCUCAGGUGCCAUCCGAGCCGCCUGCCUGCCGCCGCCCCCGCAGGACCUGCUGCAGGGCACGCCGUGCUGGGUGUCGGGCUGGGGCUCCACCACACCUGGCCAAGCACAGAUGGCCGGCACGCUGAAGGAGGCGCUGGUGCCCCUGAUUGGCACCCGGAGGUGCAACAGCUCCUGUGUGUACAAGGGGGAGCUGACAGGCAGGAUGCUGUGUGCAGGACACCUGCAGGGACGCGUGGACGCCUGCCAGGGGGACAGUGGGGGGCCCCUGGUGUGCUGGGAUGGAUCCACGUGGCGCCUGGUGGGAGUUGUGAGCUGGGGCCAGGGCUGUGCUGAGCCCAACCACCCCGGGGUCUACACCAACGUGGCUCAGCUGCUGCCCUGGAUCCAGCAGGUCACCCAGAUGCACUAGAAAUCAGGCAAGGGCACACUCCACACAGCAACGCUCUGCCCUUCCCACGAGUGAAGAACAGCCCAGGACUGGCUCCUCCUGCCUCACUGUAACCCAAACAGACUCCCAAACAUGUUCAGUAUAAAUAGUUUAUUAAAGAAAAUAGCAAAUUACA